AUGUUCUCUCUGUUCACGGGUUUUAGGUUUCAUGAAAUCAUGUCUGCUAAUCACAAGCAGAUUGGGGUAAUGAUGAAGGGUUUUGACUGGUUUUCAUUCUGUUCAGACAGAGAAGACAAACUUUAUUCAUCAUUGCUCUUCGCCGUUUUUUGUUUUAUUUACUAUGUUUUUCAACUUAGUUAUCGUGGUAUUGUAUCUUGUCAGACACUUGAGUUUUUGCAACCCUUUUAUAUUGUUCACGACUUAACAAAUUUUCUAUUGGUGGCUUCAAGUUUCUGUUUUUCAGUUCGUGUAGCUCAUCUCUUCCAUAUUUCUUAUUAG